AUGUCUUUGCUGGAACGCUUGGUCAAUCUAUUGGGCCUUUCAAAGCCUGCCCCGACGUUGCCACCGGGGGCAGCAUUGGCGGCGACGCUCACUGUGCCGGCCUCGCUGGGAUUUGUCCCUGUCGCAGUGCACUUUAAGCUCUUCGACGUGCUAGUACGGCAUGGCGGACCGGCGACCGCGGAAGAAGUGGCCAACGAAGCCAACACGCUCAUUACCGGAGAUGAGGAUAGAAUCAGUACUCUACUUGCCGCGGAUACCCUUUACAUCAUGGCCGGGCUGGGCCUACUUGAUCGCGUGGACGAGAACGUUUUCCAGGCCAAUGCCAUCACCCGGCAUAUGGUGGCCAUGCCCUCGGCUCAGCACGGAGCGGUGCAUUUCACGACCGAAGGGAUGAUGGCGGGCGCAUUCUUCAUGAAGAAGCUCCAGGCCACCCACUUUACAUAUCCCUUCCAGGAGGCGAAUGGCCCCAUUCAAUAUGCCUACGAACUGAUGGGGAGAAGGAUUUAUGGUUGGCAAAUUUCUCAAUUCGGCACUUUUCCCGAACGCGUCGCGUCGUGGGGAUACGAUUUGCGCGAUGCCCUGAGUCAACCGGGGACGGUGGCCAUGGUCGACAUUGGCGGUGGUCGAGGGGAGCUCCUCCUCGAGGUCCAAGCUGCCUAUCCGCAUCUGAGCGCGGAAAAUUUGGUCGUGCAGGAGUUCAACACCGAGAUCGAUGAUGUGCCCGGAGUGCGGCUAAUGGAGUGGAACUACAAGGUGAGCGCGGAACAACCGAUCCAAGGCGCGCGGAUUUACUCGCUUCAGCACAUUCUCCACAACCUGCCCGAUCUGGACGCGGUGGCUUUGCUCCAGAAGAUCUCCCGAGCCAUGGCACCUACAUCCCGACUGCUGAUUAUUGAGUACGCGAAGAACAUGACCUAUACCUCGCUGCACGCCAGUAUGAUUGCCCUGUUCGGGGGCCGUGAGCGCAGCGCGUCCGAAUGGCGGCAACUUGCCAGUAUCUCGGGUCUGCGAGUGACAUUUGAAAAAUAUGUACGCGCGGGCGAGUCUCUGGUGGAGAUGCGUCGGGCGGAGUAG